CCGGCGUUUCCGCCCUCGGCCGGCCCCACCUCUGCCCGCCCGCCCUCGCCUCCCCGCCGCGCGGAGCAGCCGCCCGGGACCCGGAGUGGCGGAGCCCCCGCCCCGCAGCAGCGGCCGCCGCCUGGACGCCGGGGAGCCGCAGCUAAAAUUCAGGAUUCCACAUCUAAAGAAGACAGAACCCUGUACCUGCCUGCCUACCCAAGUCUCUUGCUGGUGCUGUUAGUGGCCCUGGGUCUGAGACUCCAACCUUCAGUGCUCGACUACCAGUCUCUAGGACUUCUACCUUCUCUAGACCCAUCCAGUUGAGUGAGCCCCGGGUGUUGUUGCACCUGAGAGUGAGGACUGGGAGGUUAGCAACAAAGCAAGAGCCCUCUGGGGCCUUUGGCAGAGGCCCAAAACUGGAACCAUCAGGGAAUAUGAGUGAAUUUUGGCACAAACUGGGCUGCUGUGUGGUGGAGAAGCCCCAGCCGAAGAAGAAGAGGAGACGGAUUGACCGCACCAUGAUUGGGGAACCAAUGAAUUUUGUCCACCUGACUCACAUCGGUUCUGGGGAGAUGGGGGCUGGAGAUGGACUUGCCAUGACAGGUGCAGUUCAGGAGCAGAUGAGAUCCAAGGGGAACCGAGACAGACCAUGGAGCAAUUCUAGGGCCUUGUAGUUCCCAUGGGACAGGUUCUGCAGUCCUGGAGUUCCUAUUCCGUGCCCAACCCAGAAGAAAUGCCACCAUCACCAGAUCCCUUCAACCAGUGACCCAAGGACCCCUCUCUCCGACAAGUGCCUCAAAAGACGUGGGGGGCUGGACUCCCUCUACUCCCUCUGGCCUCUACCCCUCCUGGAGAUGGGGUCAAGGCAGCAGGACUGACCAUGUGACUACUGUAGGCCAGCUGAAGCCCUAGACACCCUCAAUCUGAGCUGGGGGUUCUCUGGGAACCUGGAAUGUGUUCCCUGCUCCUGAAUGAAGGUUGGGUGCCACCUGUUUCAAACUUUGCCUUUGUUCUUUAAUUGAGGCAGGUAGGUGCGGGGAAACAGAGCUGAACCUGGCUUUGCUAUGGCUCUCCCUGCUUCCCUGCCCUUUCUUUCCUUCUGGAAUGAGGCUGAGGGGCUGGGCGACCGAUGCCCACACCACUCCGAAUUUCAGACCUUACGCUCACAGCCCUGCCAUGUCUCUGCGGGCACCAGGGUCUUGCUCCAGUUAGACCUCUAAUCCCAUGCUUCUAUGGUAUUAAUAGCUUCCUAGAAAUAUUCUUUUUUAAUUAAUUAAAUUUUUAAUUUGAGUUUUUUAAUUACCCCCAUCCUUCUGCUAUCUGUCUUUGCCCCGUCCCUGAAAGGAAUCUUAUUGUUUUUUAAUUUGGAUCUUAAUUUGACCACAUUCCAUGUAAGACUUGGGGGUCCUGGCCCACCUUCUUGUCAGCCUCCCUGCUGGCCCAGGUGAGAGGCAGAGGAGGGUUCUGGAUUAAAAGAUAGGAUGUAGCAAAAUUAGCUGUAUCUCAGGGUGGACUUCCUGCCAUGAUGGUGAGGUAAACAGGUUGAAAGCACAGGUCCUAAGAUCCUUUAUGGAAGUGUAAGCGUUCAACUCAAACAUUUGAAAACAGUUUGGACAGUUUGGGCUGCAGAAUUCUUUGUAAUGUAGAGCUGUUCUGUAUAAACUACAAUAUCUCUGCACCCUCCCAACUCAGAAUGUGGCAACCAAAAUGUCUCCAGAAAUUGCCAAAUGUCUCCUAGGGAUGAAAUUACCCACAGUUGAGAGCCACAGUUUGAGAGUCAAGGUAUGUUUUUUUCCUUCAGUGAUUUCCACAUAUCCCCUCCCCAACCCAGUCUGGUGAUUCAUCCUGAGCCAAGGGUGAGCAAGCACCCUCAUAGGGCAGGCUCAGCAGAGCUGCACAUCUUUAUUUCAGAUGUGUUGCUUGUACUUGCAUGGGCUCAAGUCUCUGUGAUAGCCGUGGACGAUACUUUUCUGUUCCUGAUCUCUGCAAGAGAUCCUCCCUCAGUGCAGAGACAGAAACUGCACCAGAGAAAGGGGAUCAGAAGCUGCAGAGACUAGUUAUAUUGUCCAUGCACUAUGAGCUCCUUUCUGCUCUAGUCUUGGAACCCAGCGUUAAGACUCAGGGACUUCGGUUGGAAGAUCAGGUGUCAGCACUGGCCAAAGAGUCUGCUUUAGACGGAAAAGCAUAGUAGGAGCAGAGUCUUUAGGCCCUUUGUUUUCUCAGGUGUUUUUGUUCUGGCCCUUUCUUUGCAGGCUGAUUAGAAAGACAGAACAAGACAGACGAGCUCCUGCCUGUUCCUAGAAGAGAGGGCUGGGGUCUCAUUAGCUCUGUAAUAGGAAGCUUGUUUUGUGGUAAUGGGUCAGGGCUGUGGAAACUGACCCACUCCUGCUGACUCUGUCUGUCCUGUUACCCUCACCUACUGACUGAGGUUUCAUUUGUCCAAAGCUCAGUGUGCUCCCUGUAGUUUUUCAGGCUCUAAGAUUGGUCACAGAUGUCCGUUCCGAGUUUGCUUGCAGUUCCAGUCAGGCCUGCCUCCCUGAAGGAACUUUACCUUGUUGCCUUAGAGCAGCUCAUAGCUGGGGGUUCUGUGAACAGUUGCAGGCAUGAUGGACCUGUGCCCCCAGGGAGCAUGCUCCCAGGAAGGCCAUAAACGUCAAGUCACAAUGGCAAAAGGUUGGACACUGUGUGGGGUUAACAGGAGAGGUGUGGGUGACUCCUGAGCUCCAGUCUCAACUAGAAAAUUUCUCUGGGCACAGUUCUCUGAUGUUCUGCUACCUUCUCUAGUGUGUGUGCCACCACCACAUAACAAGGUGAUUGGAAUGGGUUUGAGAGUCGUAAUUUAUAUUAAAAGGAUGAUGGACUUUUAAGAUACGUUUUUUUUUUUUCCAAUAAAAGAAUUAAGCAAAA